CAACCAGAAGCCGGGAACUAAUGAUUUACUCAUUAGUUUAGUGAUGACAGUAUUUUUUUGCAGAAAGAAUAAAAAUAAUGUCAAAAUAACGAAAUUUAUCAUUGAAAACAAGUGUAAAUAAUCACGUGUACUUAUUAAAAAUGAAGACAGCACUUAUGGUGGCUGAAAAGCCAUCUUUAGCUGCUUCACUCGCGAAUAUUUUAAGUAAUGGAAGAUGUUCUUCACGAAAAGGUUUAAAUGGUUCCUGUUCGGUUCACGAAUGGAUGGGACAAUUUCGUCAGGAGAAUGUGAAUUUUAAAAUGACAUCAGUCUGCGGUCAUGUAAUGAGUCUCGAUUUCAUUGGAAAGUACAAUAAUUGGGAUAAAGUCGAUCCUGCGGAACUAUUUUCCUGUCCAACGGAGAAGAAGGAGGCGGUACCAAAAUUAAAAAUUCCCUAUUUUCUCGCAAAAGAAGGUUCACAUUGUGAUUAUUUGAUACUCUGGUUGGAUUGCGACAAAGAAGGCGAAAAUAUUUGCUUUGAAGUUAUUAAUGCUGUUCAACAGGGAAUGUCUCGUCGUUUGCAACCAAAUGACAUUUGGCGAGCUCGAUUUUCUGCAAUUACCGAAAAGGACAUAAAAGCAGCUCUCGCCAAUCUUGAAAAACCGAACGAAAAUGAGGCGAAGAGCGUCGACGCCCGACAGGAAUUGGAUUUACGAAUAGGCUGCGCCUUCACGAGAUUUCAAACUAAAUUCUUUCAAGGAAAAUACGGUGACUUGGACGCAUCUUUAAUAUCGUAUGGACCAUGUCAGACGCCAACUUUGGGUUUUUGUGUUCAGAGACACGACGAAAUACAGACUUUUAAACCUGACGCUUACUGGGUACUUCAGGUCACAGUGAAAACUUUAGAGGGUCAAGACUUAAUUUUAAGUUGGAGUCGAGGUAGAUCUUUCGAUAAAGAAGUGGCAUCCAUUUUUCUUAGUCACGUAAAGGAACACGAAAUCGCCAAUGUGGCGAGUAUUCAGAGUGUCGAGAAAGCAAAAUCGAGGCCCAUCGCUUUAAACACCGUUGAGCUAAUGAGAGUGGCGAGUUCCGGUCUCGGAAUGGGACCGCAUCAUGCGAUGCAAAUCGCCGAACGACUCUAUACACAAGGCUACAUCAGCUAUCCGCGAACCGAAACCACAUCGUAUUCGGAAAAUUUCGAUCUACUUGCAACUUUGAGACAACAGCAAAACAGUUCCGAAUGGGGUGACGAGGUGCGAAAAAUUCUCUCUGAAGGAAUAAAUAGGCCAAGAAAAGGACAUGAUCAUGGGGAUCAUCCGCCAAUAACACCAAUGAAACACGCCUCGCGAAAUGAAUUAGAUGGCGACUCAUGGAAAUUAUACGACUACAUAACUAGACAUUUUAUCGCCACGUUGGCACGCGACUGUAAAUAUCUCAGUACGACAAUUAAAUUUAAAAUUGGAAUGGAAACAUUCACAAUCACUGGACAUUCAUUAAUCGAUCCUGGUUAUACCAGUCUUCUUACAUGGCAAGCUCUAAGUAAUAAUGAAACUCUUCCUAAACUUGUUCAAGGCGAUAAGGUCAAUAUUCAGGAGACAAAACUUCUCGAGUGUUUCACUCAACCACCGGACUAUCUCACAGAAUCGGAAUUGAUUUCUCUAAUGGAAAAGCAUGGAAUUGGUACUGACGCUUCAAUUCCGGUGCACAUCAACAAUAUUUGUAUUCGAAAUUACGUGACAAUUGCAACGGGCAGAAAAUUAGUGCCCACCUCAUUGGGAAUUGUCCUCGUUCACGGUUAUCAAAAGAUUGAUCCAGAAUUAGUUCUACCAACAAUGAGAUCGGCCGUCGAGGAGCAAUUAAAUUUAAUAGCCAUUGGUCAAGUUGAUUUUAGCGCCGUCCUACAGCAUACGGUGGAAAUUUUUAAAUUGAAAUUUCGUUAUUUUGUGCAAAAUAUCGAGGCAAUGGAUCAAUUAUUUGAAGUCACAUUCUCACCGCUCUCGGCGUCGGGAAAAUCGCAUUCGCGUUGCGGUAAAUGUCGUCGUUACAUGAAAUACAUUCAGACAAAACCAUCGCGCUUACAUUGUGUCCAUUGUAAUGAGACUUAUAAUUUACCGCAAAAUGGAAAUAUUCGCAUCUACAAGGAAUUGAAAUGUCCACUCGAUGAUUUUGAAUUAUUGUCAUGGUCGAGUGGCUCGCGGGGAAAAAGUUACACUUUCUGUCCCUAUUGCUACAAUAAUCCGCCUUUCAGGGAAAUGAAAAAAGGCAGCGGCUGCAAUAUGUGCACGCAUCCAACUUGUCCGCAUGGAAUGUAUCAAAACGGAAUAUCAAGUUGCUUGGAGUGCGAUACGGGAAUUUUAGUUCUGGACCCAUCGGCCGCGCCUAAAUGGAAAUUAGUCUGCAAUCGUUGCGACGUUAUUAUUCAUCUUUUCGAGAAUGCUCACAAAGUGAGCGUCGAGACAGACGUCUGCGAAUGCGGCGCUCAAUUAGUUACUGUUGAAUAUAAACAGGAUAAAACAAAACUUCCGGACGAGGCGACGGAAAUGACCGGCUGCGUUUUUUGCACGAGACCAUUUGUUUCGCUGGUAGAAAAGCAUAGGGCUGUUGCAUCGAAGCCGGUCUCGGUUAAAUCGCGAGGUCAUUCGAAAGGAAAAAGCCGAGGACGUCCUCGACCACCAAAAGAUAAAAUGGCACAACUCGCGGCUUAUUUUGUAUAAUUAAGCUUGCAAUCUUUCCGCCCUUUUCAUUUGUAAUUUUUUCAUUAAUUCAAUUUUCGUAUUAAAUAAUACAAUAAUAAUGAUAAUAAUAACAACAAAAAAUAGUAAUAAUAAUAAUAUAAUGAUAAUAAUAGUAAAAUUAUUAUUUUAAUAAUAAUAAUUAAUAAUAAUAAUAAUAAAAAUAGUUAAUUGUAAAUUUUAAGGAUUUUGGCACAUUUGCUGUCUUCCUUUGAUUACACAAAUUUUACAUUAUAAAAUUAUAAUUAUGAUUUAAAA